AUGCUGCCAGGUUGCGACGGGGUUUCAUUUUAUUUCCCCUCAGUUCGCUUUCUACCAGCCAAGUUGGCUUCCCUUAUAGCGCGCGGUGCCCUGUUUACCACGGCCACUCGCGAGAUCGCCUGGAGUGCGCUCCCUCGGACAUCACCUUUGGCCCUUCGAACGUACCGCAUCAGCCGUGCCGCGAACAGUGACUCACUACACUCGAGACGCUUCUUACACCAGGCACCAAUCCGACAAGCCCAGCCUCUACGAAUCAGACAACCGGCAGUCCACCCCAGCGCCUUGAUUAUUCCUGCCCCACUCGUCCACCAUCGACGCUCCAAGUCCGAGGACUACUUAAUUUGCGAACCGUCCAAAUUCGAAAUCACCUCUCCUCCUCCAGAGCAGCGAGGUGCCAGACCAAUGAAAUUCUUCUACCAGGUCAUCACGACCCCGACGGCCGACACGCCUGGCACGGUCCUCUGUCUCAACUUCCCGGACAAGCGAUACUUCUUCGGACAGCUAUCUGAAGGCACACAGCGCGCAUGCACCGAACGCGGCGUGAAGCUCGGUUAUCUUUCCGAUGUAUUCGUCACUGGGCGGACAGAUUGGGCCAACACGGGCGGGUUGAUUGGUAUGAUCUUGACGCUGGCCGAUACGGUGGCAACUUCAGCUGCGGCCAUUGAAGAGGAGAACCGGAACAAGGCCCGUCGUCGAGCUGAAAGAGAGGCCGCUGAGGCUUCGAGGAGAAACAAGAAGACUCAGAAAUCGUCAGACAGCAAGGACGAGAGACACGGUGUGGCUUAUGUUGAGCGGGAUGGUGAGCUUGUGGAACAAAAGGGGAACCUGACCAUCCACGGGCCUACGAAUCUUACGCAUACGCUGGCUACAGCUCGGCGGUUUGUUUUCCGCAAGGGCAUGCCCGUUUACUUGAAAGAGUACGACUCCGAGAGCCUUGCCAAGCAAGCGGCUAUCGGUGCUGAAGAUCCCUUCCAGACGCCUUCAUGGGAAGACUCCAACAUUAAGGUAUGGGCUAUGUCUAUUAAGCCUCGCUCAGCUAGUCCUAGGCCCACGCAGAGGUCUAGCAGCCCACGGAAGCGGAGCUUGGAUGAGUUCAAGGAGUCUGGACAGCCCACAGAUUAUCUGGACCAACGCACCAAGGAUCAGAUGGUGAGACAAGCCAUUGUGCAGGAUAUGUUCAAUUCAACAUGGAAGAUGGAUACUCUGUUCGAAACCCAGUUGUCUGAGGUUAAAAUGCCCGCUGCCAUGUUUGUCCGCAACCCCGAGACGAAGGAUCUUGAGCCAUACAAAGGUCCAGUGCCGGGGGAUCAAGAACCCCUCCCUGAUAUCAAGGUUUUUGUUCGAAAGCCCUGGCCUGGUGCCACGGUCGAGAGUCUACCACCUACCUCUCCCUCUAAGGAGGCAGUCUGCUAUAUCGUGCGGAACCAUGAUAUCCGCGGAAAGUUCGAUCCCAAUAAAGCGAAAGAAUUGAAUGUGGAGAAGGGAGCUAAAUAUGCAGCUCUUACAAAGGGCCAGGAUGUCCAGUCGUUGGAUGGAAAUACCGUCACUCCAGAUAUGGUGCUGGGAGCUCCACGACCUGGAAAGGGUAUUGCCAUCAUGGAAGUCCCCUCACCCGAGUAUGUGGACGACCUGGUGAACAAGCCUGAAUGGAAGUCACCUGCUGUGACUACCGAACUGAAAGCCUUCAUCUGGAUUCUUGGACCGGGUGUUGCUGAACAUCCCAAGUUCCAGGAAUUUGUCGCCAGCUUCCCCGGCUGCAAACACACUGUCUCAGGUACAGACCACACACCUAACUACCUGGCAUUGGGUAGUGCUGCUAGCUCGACCGUUCGACUCGCACGUCUGAACAGCGACAGCUAUUCAGUUCCCGUGCAUGACAAUGUGACUCUGCCUCAGCCUGGUGCCCCGAAUGCCGGUUCAGCAUCUGCAAUCGCAGCCCGGGAGAAGUCUCCUCUUGAGCCCAUCGAACCUGGUUUCAUCAUUAACAUGGAGCCCAACUUCGGCUUUAACACGGACGAGGUGAUGUCCCGCUUCAACCCGACAAAGGCCCUGCAUAAGAUUCCACGUUCUGUAGAGCAACGGAUGGAAGUCAUUCGCAAGCGUAUCGCCAAGCCUGCGUUCCAAAAGAUGCUUCAUGCCCAGCGCACGGAAUGGCCUGGAUCGGAUGCAGAGAUUAUCGCCCUGGGCACUGGUUCCUCUAUUCCAUCCAAAUACCGCAAUGUCUCCGCGAACCUUGUCAAGGUGCCUGGUUAUGGUUACUACCUUCUGGAUUGUGGUGAAAACACUCUCGGUCAAUUGAAGCGAGUCUUCGAGCCUGAGGAGCUUCGGGAGGUGUUCCAGAACCUGCGCAUGAUCUGGAUCAGUCACUUGCAUGCUGAUCACCACCUAGGCACGGCCUCCGUGAUUAAGGCCUGGUAUCAGGAGAACUAUGGCCUCAACCCCACCCCUGCUCAGCCUGAGACUGAUCUCGCAAAGAUCCUCCAAGAGAAGCGCCUGUCCGUCGUAUCGGAUGAUGCGAUGAUCGCUUGGCUGGAGGAGUACUCCGCUGUUGAAGACUUCGGAUUCGAUAAAGUCCUUCCUCUAUCUGCACACCCCGAAGUAUCUGGCUCUCAAAUAAUCACAGAGUUUUCAUACCGUCAUCGACCCGACAAUGUAUUCUCUGGUCAUCGCACCUCACUGUCCUUCAAUGACCGAUUCUCUCCCCUCACCUCUCUUCUCAAGUCUGCCACAGGCCUUGAAAACCUACUCACCUGCCGGGUCAAGCACUGCAAGGGUGCGCUCGCCGUGUCUCUCGUCUUCCCGCAUGGAUUCAAGAUCUCCUAUUCCGGCGACUGCAGACCAUCCGCGAAAUUCGCCUCCAUCGGCCAGGGAUCAACAGUCCUCAUCCACGAAGCCACCUUCGGACCCGACAUGGUUGGAUCCGCCAUAGCCAAGCGCCACUCGACUUCCGCAGAGGCCAUCGAAGUCGGCCGCCGCAUGCAAGCGCGUGCCAUCUUGCUCACGCAUUUCAGUCAGCGUUACCAGAAGCUCACCUUUGUCGACAAUCGCAAGGCGGAUGCACCCCAGUCUGCCCGUGACGCAGGCGCAAAGGAGCCCGCCGAUGCAGAUAUCCCAUUCGAUGAUCCCCAAGACCAACCAGCUGCCGCGAGUGACGCGCCAUUGCCAGAUGAUCUUGGCUCAGCGAUGCGACACGAAUCCAAGCCUUAUGGUGGUCUCAUCGCUGGAGCGAUGGACUACAUGCGCAUCAAGGUUGGAGAUUUCGCGCUCGCCCAGGCCUACGCGCCGGCUCUUGAGAAACUCGUCGAGUUAAUGGAACGCGCGACCAUCGAAGAAACAGAGCGGUUGAAGAAGAUCCGCCAGGAAGAAGAGAAUGCUCGCAAGGCGAAGAACAAUAAGAAAUGGGCCAAGCAAAUGGCUACUGCUGGCGCUGCGGCGGCUGCUGCUGCUGCGGCGACAGCUGAAACCGAUGAUGUUCCAGCCACUGAGUCGAAUGCUCGGUCUGUCUGGAGCGCAAGUGAAAGUGAAGAUGGAUGGGAGACAAGUGAUUACGAGGAGUAA